AUGCACCUGCUUGUCUUGGGCCUCACCUGCUGCUGGGUGGCGGCGAGUGCUGCGAAGCUGGGCGUGGUGUACACGGAAGGAGGUUUCAUGGAAGGUGUCAACAAGAAGCUUGGCCUCUUGGGCGACUCUGUCGACAUCUUCAAGGGCAUCCCAUCCGCCGCCCCCACCAAGGCCCUGGAGAACCCCCAGCCACACCGCUGGCAAGGGACCCUGAAGGCCAAGGAUUUCAAGAAGCGAUGCCUGCAGGCCACUAUCACCCAGGACAGCACUGACGGGGAUGAAGACUGCCUCUACCUCAACAUCUGGGUCCCCCAGGGCAGGAGGCAAGCAGCCAGGGACCUGCCCGUUACGGUCUGCGUCUAUGGAGGCGCCUUCCUCAUGGGGGCUGGCCACGGGGCUGGCUUCCUCAAUAGCCGCCUGCACGAUGGGGAGGAGACAGCCACACGCAACGUCAUCGUGGUCACCUUCAACUACCGCACCGGCCUCGGCUUCCUCAGCACUGGGGACACCAACCUGCCAGGUAACUGUGGCCUUUGGGAUCAGCACAUGGCCAUCGCUUGGGUGAAGAGGAGCAUCGCGGCCUUCGGGGGGGACCCCAAAAGCAUCACCCUCUUUGGGGAGUCGGCUGGAGGUGCCAGCGUCUCUCUGUAGACCCUCUCCCCCUAUAACAAGGGCCUCAUCCGGCGAGCCAUCAGCCAGAGCGGCGUGGCGCUGAGCCCCUGGGUCAUCCAGAAGAAUCCACUCUUCUGGGCCACAAAGGUUGCUGAGAAGGUGGGCUGCCCUGCGGACGAUACCGCCGGGAUGGCCAAGUGCCUGAAGAUCACUGAGCCCCGAGCCCUGACGCUGGCCUGUAAGUCGCCUCUGACAGGCAUGGAGGACCCCGUGCUGCACUAUCUGGGCUUCACCCCUGUCAUCAACGGAGACUUCAUCCCCGACGACCCUGUCAACCUGUACGCCAACGCUGCCGACAUGGACUACACAGCAGGCACCAACAACAUGGACGGCCACUUGUUUGCCGGCAUGGACAUGCCAGUCGUCAACACGAAAAACAAGGAUGUCACGGAUGAGGACUUCUACAAGCUGGUCAGUGGGCUCACCAUCGCCAAGGGGCCCACAGGGGCCAAAUCCGCCUUUGAUGUCUACACGGAGUCCUGGGCCCAGGACUCGUCCCAGGAGACCAAGAAGAAGACCGUGGUGGACUUUGAGACCGAUAUCCUCUUCCUGGUGCCCACGGAGAUUUUGAAGCUGGUGGUGUCUCCCUUCAUCGACUGGUCCCCUGGCUUUGCCGUGUCUGAGCAGGUGCCAGAGUGCCGAAAUAGUUGA